CACAUAGAUAGAAAAAGACCCUUCUAGAGAAAGAAAAAAAACUUGGAUUUUCUUCUUCACUUAGUUGUUAUUCAUUGAAGUCACUUUCAGUUGCUGGUAGAGGACAGAGGUAUCAAUAUAGAGAAUUAAACCCUUUCUCUAGCUAUUACCUCUGCCAUUUUUUCUGCCACCUUUUUCUCAUAUAAAACUUUUCCACCAAUUCAGCUCAACCAACACUGAGCUAGGAGUGAAGUUGAGACAUAUAUACACAACUCUCAUCUCAUACAUCAACUAAUUUUGGAGGAAGAUCUAUGUGACUUUGAAUCUUAACACUUUUUGGAGGAGGAUAUAUUCUAGUUAACUAUUGCUUGAUCUGACUCAUAAAAGAGAGGAGAAUAUGAAUACUUUUUCUCAUGUUCCCCCUGGUUUUAGGUUCCAUCCCACAGAUGAGGAACUUGUUGAUUAUUACCUUAGGAAGAAAAUUGCUUCAAGAAGAAUUGACCUUGAUGUCAUAAAAGAUGUUGACCUUUACAAAAUUGAACCAUGGGAUCUUCAAGAGCUAUGCAGAAUAGGAACAGAAGAACAAAAUGAAUGGUAUUUUUUUAGCCAUAAAGAUAAGAAGUAUCCAACUGGGACAAGAACAAAUAGAGCAACUGCAGCUGGAUUUUGGAAAGCAACAGGAAGAGACAAAGCAAUAUAUAGUAAACAUGAUCUUAUAGGAAUGAGGAAAACCUUAGUGUUUUAUAAAGGUAGAGCUCCAAAUGGACAAAAAUCAGAUUGGAUCAUGCAUGAGUAUAGGCUUGAAACAGAUGAAAAUGGUGCACCACAGGAAGAAGGAUGGGUUGUAUGUAGAGUCUUCAAAAAGAGAGUGACAACAACUAUGCGCAAAAUGAAUGAGCAUGACUCUCCUUGUUGGUAUGAUGACCAAGUUUCAUUCAUGCAAGACAUGGAAUCACCAAAUCAAACCUCUCAAUCAAAUUUGAUUUACCAACAACUUCCAUAUCCAUGCAAAAAAGAGCUAGAUAAUUUACCAUACCAAAACUUACCUCAUGAACAUUUUCUUAAUCUACCACUUUUAGAGAGUCCAAAACUUCUUCAAUCAUCUUCAAACAUAACCUCUAACCCAAUUGUGACAACAACAUAUGGUACUAUAGAUCAUGCAAACUCUAUGCUUCCUUCAUCAUCAAUGCUACUACAAGAAGAACAAAUCCUAAACCCUAAUCAACAAAACUUUCAUGCUAUGUAUGGAAACAAUUCCAAUAUUGAUCAACAAGGUGUUGUUGAUGAACAAGUUACUGAUUGGAGAGUUCUUGACAAGUUUGUUGCUUCACAACUAAGUCAAGAUCAAGAUGCAUCUAAAGAUAAUAAUAACACAAGCAACAUUUUUCAUGGCAAUGUGCAAUUGAGAAAUUUGGAGAAACAAGAAAUGGUGCCACAUGAAAAUGCUUCAACAUCAAACUCAAAUUGUCCAAUUGAUUUGUGGAAAUAAUGACCAUAUGAGAUUAAGUUGGUUACUAUUAUGGGUACAUACUAAUUAUAGAGUACUUAACUAUAAAAUUAAAAAAAUUAUUAUAUGCAAGUACUAUUUAAAUUCUUGUACAUAAUAAAAUUAAUAUGGCCAAAACUAUAUAACAAUUGUGGAGAUGAUUCUAUAGCUC